AUGGUCUUCUUUGUGUGCGAAGGUUGCAAUGAGACGUUAAAGAAGAACAAGGUGGAUGUACAUGCAGGUAGAUGCCGCAACUGCUGGGCUGUGAGCUGUGUGGACUGCAGCGUCGUGUUUGAGGGUAACGAUUAUGCGGCUCACAUGAGCUGCAUUUCCGAAGCCGAAAAGUAUGAAAAGAGUUUGUUCCAAGGCGACAAGAACAAGAGCAAAAGCGGCAAGAAACAGACACCACAGGAACGAUGGAUGGAAGUCGUACAGUCGUCUAGAAGUGUAGACGAUCGAAAGGUACAGGACGUGCUCACGCGCAUCGCUGGCUACGACAAUGUGCCCCGUAAAAAGAACAAGUUUGUCAACUUUGUCAGCAAUAGCUUGGCAUUGCGUGAUACGACGCUCGUGGAGAAAUCCUGGACGAUUUAUGAAACGGCUUUCAAGGCUUCUGCACCGAAGAUUGCUGAGCAAAAUGCAAGCAGUACUGAUGCGGAGGAGAACUGUAGCAACAAGCGACCAGCUGAGACGGUAGAUACUGAAGUUAGUAGCAAGAAGACAAAGACGGAAGACAAGCCGAUCAAAUGGAGCAAGCUGAUAAAAUCUGCGCUAAAAAACGCUGGCAAGAAGUUGGAGAUGGAAAUGCUGCGGGAUCAGGUGCUAAAGCAAAUUCAGGAGAAGGAGCUGUCGACGAAAAGUGAAAAGGAACUGAAGAAGGAGUUUAAGGCAGCGAUCAAAGCCAGCGAUAAGUUUGUAGUGAUUGAAGUGGUGCGUCUUAAAUGA